AUGGAUAGCGCUCGCCAGGAAGCCUUCAGAAAGGUCCGAGAGCCAUGUGUGGAAUUAAGCUCCGUUGGACUGAAGUUUCGAGGACACCAAGCUAGCCCUGUUGAAGUCCUCAAAGCACUCCGUUCUGUGUACAAUGUGUUGGAUGAACUCGCAGGCAAGCAUGCUCUGGAUGAGAAACUGGCGCAGUACGCUUUCUUUCCUCUAGCACAUAUUUUCAACGAAUCCAAGAGAGCACCCGUCAACGUCCUGGAGCUGGCCGUCAACUGCCUACGAGUUCUUGUUUCGGAAGGAUGGAAAGCGCGCCUAUCGCCCCAAAUGGGGAAGCAAUUAGUUAUUCUGUUGACACUAAUUGCGGGCGGCGCUCCAGAUAGCGCAAAGAAGAGCCAGAGCCUACAGGCGUCUUCUGUUGAGCUGGAAAUCGCGGGAUUUACCUGUCUAAAUGCCAUAUUUGAUGUGCUGUCUGGGCCCGUAGCAGAACGGACUUUGUACCACGAGAUUGGUACCGCUACGGUUGUUGAUCAGACCGUAUAUCUCUUGUUAGAAGGAAUUGCCAGUGACCGAUCGGACGAGCUUUGUAUCACAGCCGCCAAAGCGCUCGAAGCACUCUACCGUCGCAUCACUGAUCGUGUUGUUCUUGCAAGUAUAAUGCCGCGGACUGUCUCAGCAUUGACAAAGGUACUGAAACCGACGACGCAAAUUCGGAGGUCGUAUCAAUUGCUUACUAUCUGUUUACGUGUACUUUGCAAUAUGUUGAAAGCAGUUCUCAAUGAUCAGGCCAACUCGCAAUUGCCUGCAAAGGCCAUCCAGCCACAACGCGAGGAGAGACUGGUAUUGGACGAGUCCUGGUUGAAGGCAACGACUACUCAGAUAAAGCUCGCAUUAACUCAAGUUAUUCAACUAAGACGACACGAGCGCGAGGUAGUGCAAGAUCAACUGUUGCAUCUCUGCAUUAUGGUUAUAGAGGACUGUCUCACGACGUUACAGGAAUCGAUACCUGUGCUGGUCGAAACCAUUGUUGUCCUAUCAGAGCUGAAUGAGCAACAGAUUCCAAACAACGCAUACUCAUCGCUAAAGCACCUCGCUACCACUUAUCCAGCAAUUCUGGAUUCGCUCAAAAAUUCCCUGCAUAGCUGGCUUACUGCGUUUCCGAGGACGAUGCAGAGCAACGAUGAAACAUCCAAACAGUGGGCUAUCAAGCAGAUAGCCACUGCGUUCCAGGUCCUCUCUGAGAUCCAGUCAAGCUCAAAUCUCCUCACCAGCAGCCUAACAGCUGGAUUAUGCGACAGUGUUGCUGUUAUUGCUCAUAAAGCGACCAGCUCACUUCAGCCGUUGAACCACGAGCUGACGAACAAUCAAACAUUGGAGGUUCUGGGUACUGAGAAAGAGACCAUUACCUUCUCGCCUGUACUGCUAGAGCACAAAAGUCAACAGCAAACUCUCAAGGACCUCCGGGAAAUGAUCGCCCGGCUCAACCUCUCCAAUUCUGCUAGCGAAAUCACUCGCCUGAUUGUCAACCGAAUCCAUCAUGAACAAGGAAACUCAAUCAUCGCACCGCUAUGGCUGGCCACCACGUUCCUGAAGGAUACAACACAGUAUGCAAACAGCUUUGACGAUUUUAUUUCGUUGGAUCACAUCGAGCCGUCGUCUCCAUUCUCUACUAGGGCUAAUAUGAUUGAGGAGCUGUACUAUGUUUCCUUGCCCAUCCUCAACGAGCCAACGAUAGGUGAAACUGGCGAUUGGCGAAUCUCCGCGCUUGCUCUUGAAGCCGUUGCCCUUCAGUCUCAGGAGUUGCGAGAAGCUUUCCGCCCUGAACUCAUGGAUGCGUUGUAUCCUGUUCUGCAACUGCUAGCGUCCAACAAUCAAGCCUUACAGAGACAUGCGAUGGCGUGCCUUAAUAUCCUCACGCAGGCGUGCAACUACCCUGACACUAGUACCAUGAUCGUCGAAAACGUCGAUUACCUCGUGAACUCCGUGGCUCUGAAGUUGAACACGUUCGACGUAUCACCGUACCCUCCUCAAGUCCUGCUUAUGAUGGUGAAGUUAUGCGGUGCACGGCUUGUUCCUUACCUGGACGAUCUUGUGGACUCGAUAUUUGGAAUCCUAGACCUUUACCAUGGAUACCCAAAGCUCGUCGAAUUGAUGUUCAAGACAUUGACUGCUAUUGUCGAGGAAAGCACAAAGACCCCGUCAAUUCUAGCAAUUGAAAAUGGCACCGGAAAGGCACCAGAUCACUUCAAACGAAAAUAUCAAGAAAUAAGCAUUUCUAUCCUCGCGGAGGACUUCGCCCGUCGAAAAGCGAAGCGUCUUGAAGGUGCCCAGUCAACAGGAGACGAUGGUCGUCUGUCUCACCCAGCCCGGCCAUGGGCUGAAGAACGUGAGGGAAAAGCCCAAAAAGACGCCCUUGAUGGGGAUUCUCUGUCAGAUAUCUUGAACAGAGACGAGUCAGAUGAGCCUCUACCACCACCUCGUGAACCCGACGACGCCGAAAAACCAUUAAGUAAAACGCAUUCGCUCCUCCUCCACAUCGUGAGGUCCUUGCCCUUGCACUUAUCCUCACCAUCACCAUACCUCCGCCGCUCCUUACUCUCCAUCCUCAUAGACGUCCUCCCCGUCCUCGCAGCAGACGAAAAAAGCUUUUUGCCACUAUUAAACGACCUCUGGCCAGCGGUCGUCUCAAAAAUCACUUUCCCUUCUUCCCUCGGCAGUACAGCAUCAUCCUCAUCCACAGCCCUCCUGGGCAUCGAAACCAACACCAGCACCCAGAAGGACCGCCAAACCCAGGGCCUCGACAACGACUUAGACUUUAAAGAGGAAACCUUCGUCACAACGACCGCAUGCAAAGCCGUCGAAGCAAUGUUCACCUCAGCCGGCGAUUUCAUGGCGUCCCGCGUUGAAGCGGAAUUCCCGCGCUGGGAGCGCAUCUACAACCGUGCCUGGGAAAGGGUCCGUCAGGAUACAGAUAAGAUCGUCGAGCGGCAGCAAAACCAGCACCUUCUCAAAGGCUCCAACGGUUCCGGUUCCAGUGAUCAACCACUGCCUGAAGGGGCGCUCAUCACCACACAACCGCCACCAACGUCCUUCAUCCAAUCCCUCUCCCUAACAAAAGCGGGGUCGUCAUCCGGCUCCCGAGCAUUCACGCCCCAUCAUACCCUCUGGCGCGCUCUCAUCUCGCUCUUCCUAACACUCCUCUCUCACGUCCGUCUGCCCUUGGCAGUCGGAGACCGAAUCUGCCAUAUCCUUGGUGAAUGGAUAACACGUUACGCAGGGCCGGGCUACUACUUCUCCCGCAGCCCAUCCAAUGCUGGUGCAGAAGCCGAGAUCGUGUCAAUCGAGAAUGUCAUCCAGGCUAUGGAGACAUGGAAUCCGGAUUUGACGUGGUUCAUCUUUAAGCAGCAGAAUGCAAGGUUUAGGGAUAGUUUGAAGGUGAAGAAGGGUGUGAGGGCCGUUGAUGAAAACUUGCAGCCGGCUUGCGGUCCUGGCCUUGGGCCGUUGGAUUCAGUGGCUUUCGCUGGGGAUCAGGUGCGGUUCGCGGAGAUCGGCUUUUAG